CUCCAAAUUUGUUGCUAGUAGUAGCAACAACAAUUCAAGCACCGGCAAAACGAGAAAAGUAGACAGAGAUAGGAAUUGAAGAGGACUGAUCUCUUGAAAAGGGCUGUAGGCGUCCUAAGUUCCAAGUAGUCAAAAGAGACAAAAAGUGGAAACCAAAAAUCUUAGUGGAGUGGUCCUGGUUUUAAGUCGCUAAGAAUUCCAGCAGAAUCUGCCUUCUCAAAGUACCAUCCUUCUUUUUGCUUCUCUUCCUCCUCCUUCUCUCUCCAGAUAUUUCUAAUCUCAAAAGGCUCUUUCAUUCUCUCUCUGAAUUUCUCCAAUUCUUUUUCAUGGCCUCCUUUGCAAUUUCUAUAUUCUCGUCAUCUUCUUUUGCUCUUUCUUGCAAAAACUACAGACCAUUUCUCUCUCCCACAGCCUUGUCUGCAAAACCCAUUUCCAUCAAAGCUUCUUCUGCUUCCCUGGAUUACUCUACACCCUCCUCUGUCAUUGAACAAAAGCCCCUCAAACCUACUAAGACAAAUUGUUGGGAAUGGAAGUUCAAGGAUAAUGUAAUUAAUAUAUACUAUGAGGAGCAUGAGAAUGAGAGCACUGAUCAUGCAAAGAACAUCCUUAUGAUUCCAACAAUAUCUGAUGUAAGCACUGUACAAGAGUGGAGAGCAGUGGCUAAAGACAUUUUGGGACGAGUUGGUAAAGUCAAUUGGCGAGCUACUGUUGUUGAUUGGCCUGGUUUGGGAUACUCUAGCAGGCCAAAGAUGGAUUAUGAUGCUGAUGUAAUGGAAAAAUUCCUAGUUGAUUUCAUUAAAGAGAUAAGCUCCCCAGAAAACGAUUUUGUGAUCUUUGGAGGAGGUCAUGCUGCCACAAUAGCAAUUCGUGCGGCAAAAAAAGGGUUGGUGAAGCCAAAAGCUAUUGCUGCAGUUGCUCCAACCUGGGCUGGCCCCCUGCCUAUUGUGUUUGGUCGAGAUCCCAGCAUGCAAACAAGGUAUGGACUGCUGAGGGGCACCUUAAGAGCCCCAGCUGUUGGGUGGAUGAUGUAUAAUAUGCUUGUCAGCAAUGAGGGGGCAAUUCAGUCACAGUAUAAAUCUCAUGUCUAUGCAAAUCCUAAAAAUGUGACUCCAGCAAUUGUUCAAAGCAGAUACAAGUUGACAACAAAGAAAGGAUCCCGAUUUGUGCCUGCUGCUUUCUUGACUGGUCUCCUUGACCCUGUUACUUCCCGGGAGGAGUUCCUUGAACUCUAUGCUGAAUUGGAGGGGGAGAUGCCCAUUCUGGUUGUGUCAACUGAGGGAUCUCCAAAGAGAUCAAAGGCAGAGAUGGAAGCUCUCAGGGAAGCUAAGGGAGUAAGCAAGUUUGUUGAGGUUCCUGGUGCACUUUUACCACAAGAAGAGUACCCUAGAAUGGUGGCAGAGGAGCUUUACCAGUUUUUGCAAGAGAAUUUCGAAGUCAAUGCUUAAAUCCUUCAUGAUGGAACUUCUAAAUUCCAAGGGACAUAGUUUUGUUCCACAACAAUCCUGCUCUAACAUUUUCCUAUUGCUGGUCAGAAUGGUUCUGUGUCAAUGCAAUUGUACGCAAAAUAAAACCUUGUAAAAUGAUAUUCGUCUUUAUAUAUUUCACAGCUAUGAUAGGAUAAAAAUUGCUCAUCUUCCAGAAAAGUUAUAGUUGUGAAAAUUUUUGAGGACUGAUUAAGAGAAGUUAUAUAGUCUAUUCAGUACCAGAAUGGCAGAAAAAUUGCCUGAGACUUAAUGCUUUAAUAAUUACUACCUUCAUCCUGCA